UUCUGAGGACGAGAGUUCAGGACCAAUCGUGAACAUUCGACGGAAAAAGGGGAAAGAUGGACGGUUUAUUGCUGAAACGUCAUCAGUGACGAGUAGAAGAGCCAGGACUGAAAUACCUGCUUGGACUGUUAGUGAUCCAGUGCCAGGUGGACCUGAGGACGGGAGUAUUAUUCCCAGUUUCCUUGGACAUGUCGCUUAUGGAAUAUGGACAGGGAAGGAGGAGUGAGGCACUCUGAAGUGUCAGAGUAGACAUGCAGUUUGUAAGAGGCUGUCAGCAUGGCAUCAUGACGCCUCAGACGAGGUCAAACACCUGAUAGCCGAGAGUGGUUUGGGGCAUCUCCCUGAUAUUAUGUUCAGUCACUUGGAUAUUCCGCUCCUUUCUGCAUUUGUGGAGCGAUGGCAGCCUGAUACUAACUCUUUUCACCUGCCAUUCGGGGAGAUGACCAUUACACUGCAUGACGUGUGGAUUAUUCUCCGUAUUCCUGUGGACGGAAAAGUGGUUUCAGAUAAGCCCGGGAAACAGUUGUUGCUUGCCUCCUGUGUAGAGAUUUUAGGGAUCUCUAUGGAUGACUUGUUAGCUAAUUCGACGAAGCAUUAUGAAAAUGGAGGGGUUCUGAUUGAGUCCAUUUUUAGGAAUUGUGGACGGGGUUUGAGUGCUGAGGUUGAGGCAAUAGCGUGGAUGUGGCUGACGCUAGGUUGCACUCUUUUCGUCGAAAAGACUGGCCACCGGGUUAAACCAGCCUGUCUUUGGGAGGUUAGGGAUGGAGUCGCAGACACGAAGGAUUAUUCUUGGGGUUCUGCUACACUGGCCUAUUUAUUUCGUCAGUUAGGAAUCGCCUCCAGAGGCGACUGUCACGGUUUGUCUGGGUGUCUGACACUUCUCCAGGCUUGGAUAUACGAGUAUUUUCCAUGUUUCAGACCCCAGCGAGAUAGGCUGAUUACAGAGAUUGGCACUCCUCGAGCGUGUAGUUGGAGUGUAUCCGGGACAGAGUGCACAGAGAUCCGGCUUCAGUAA